AGUUUGUAGAAGGCGUGUCAGAGAGGGUGUGUGCUCAAGAAAGAGAACUGAGCUGAAAAAGAAGCAACUAUGCUGCUCUACUUGAUCCUGGGUGGUGUGUUGUGUGUACUGGCUCUCCUCAAGCUGAGGUUCUGGCUGUCCCGAACUCCAGUCUGCCACGGUCGAAAAGUGGCUCCGUUCAUGAAAAACAUUCUACAAGAUUCAGAGCAAAUUCAAUACGAUCUCAAAGACGUUGUCGUCCCAGUCCUGUUUGGUUGGAAGUUCUCACUUGUAACUUGGUUGAGUUAUACGCGAAUCGGUCGUCUUCUUCUCGUCCCCUGGUUGCUACGAUCUGCUGGAGUCGAUCGAAUGAGAUCCUAUUAUAUCCCUGAGAAACCCACCUACUAUCCUAAUCCAGCCAAGCCUCCAAUGACACGAGAUAAUUCAAGAGCUAAUAUCGCCAAGAUUGCGGAACUAGUUGAGCGAGAAAUCAGUGAUGGACAUACUGAAGACUUUCAUUUUCCGAGUGUUGCUGAUUUUGUGCGUGCAUAUCGAUGUGGUAACGUGACUCCUAGUGAUGUGGCUAUGACGGUGCUGGAGGCCAUUGCUAACUCUGACCGAGCAACUCCUCCUCUGAGGGCCAUUGUACAGAGCAACAGAGACGUGGUCCUUGCUAUGGCCGCAGCCUCCACUCAGCGAUGGAAGGACAACAAAACUCUCUCCCCUCUCGAUGGAGUACCCGUAGCUGUUAAGGAAGGAUUUAGAGUCGAACCAUAUCCCUUCAGAAGUGGUGGGGAUUUCGUUCCUAAAAUGUCGAUAGGUAUACCUGAGUCAGUGGCCGUGGAUAAUUUGAAGCGAGCUGGUGCUGUGAUUAUCGGAAUGGCUAAUCUGCAAGAGUUUGGUACGGGUACACUUGGUUCCAAUCCCAACAAAUCUCACUCCACUGCACGUAAUCCGUACAAUACUCAAUGCUAUCCUGGAGGCAGUUCAUCCGGUUCUGCUGUUAGUGUAGCCGCUGGAUUUUGUCCCAUUGCUAUUGGCACUGAUGGUGGAGACUCAGUGAGGAUACCUGCUGUUCUGUGUGGUGUGGUUGGACUUAAACCAACGUAUGGUUUGAUAGAUACAACUGGAAUGCUUCCUCUGUCCUACAGUGUUGGAGUGCCUGGUCCUCUGUGCUCUAGUGUUCUCGAUGCUGCCCUGGCAAUGGAUAUCAUGAGUAAAGGAGAGGACGGCAAUCGAUUGUCUCUGGAUGGACUGGGAGAGGAGCGACUGGACGGACUUAACAUUGGUGUGUACUGGGACUACUUUCAACACGCUGACUCUGAGAUAGUCACCCAGUGCAAGGCAGCCGUUAGUAAAUUGGAGAGCCUUGGAGCCACCAUUGUCAGUAUUGCCAUCCCUGAACUAGAGGAGUCUCGAGUUGCUCAUUCCGUCUCCAUUAUCUCCGAGUUUAGCACAAGUUUGUUGGUAGACACGGACGCUCAUUUUAAUGACAUGUGUAAUGAAACGCUCAUGGUAUUAACAGCAGGGUACCAAAUGCCGGUGGUGAAUUUCCUCAAUGCACAGAAGCAACGAUCGAGAGCUAUUGCCGUCCUACAACAUCUCUUCGAUGAUAAGAAACUGGAUGCAAUUGUGUCACCAGGCACAGCGUGUGUAGCGCCUGCAAUACUCCCUCAAGCCCUUUCCCAUGGUUCCUCUGAUCUACAGCAUUCCACCCAGUUGAUGCGUUUUGCCUACCUUGCUAAUUUGACUGGAGUUCCUGGUCUGGUUGUUCCGGUUGGCUACACUAGUGGCGAGGGCCUGCCCAUUGGUCUACAGCUAAUGGGAGGAUGGUAUCAAGAGAACACUCUCCUUAAAAUUGGCUGGGCUCUCGAGAAAGGUUUCCCUCGAAACAAACCACAAGUCUUCUACGACAUACUCAAGAAAAAGAACUGAAAAACAUUGAAGCCAACUAUUGCUGUAACUAUUGCUAUUGCUGCUAUCAGAACUGCUGCUAUUGCUGACUGAAUGUGAUGUUAUUAUUAUUUUAUGUGCUG